UGCGUGUUCCUGAACGCGCAUAUCACCGCCAAACUGUUCUCUUCAACCUUUAGACGAACAAUUCUUCGCUCAAGCGCCACUGGUCUAUCCUUUGCCGCAGCCACCACGUCCCUCAAGAAGAACUCUACGAACCCUGUUGAUUUAAAGUCAAGUGCCCGCAAAAUGCACAGCAAGGUUGUCAUCAUUGGCUCUGGGCCUGCUGCCCACACCGCCGCCGUCUACCUGGCGCGCGCCGAGCUGAAGCCCGUCCUUUACGAGGGCUUCAUGGCCAACGGCAUCGCCGCCGGCGGUCAGCUCACCACCACCACCGACGUCGAGAACUUCCCCGGUUUCCCCAAGGGCAUCAUGGGCGGCGAGCUCAUGGACAACAUGAAGGCCCAGUCCGAGCGCUUCGGCACCACAAUCAUCUCCGACACCGUCGCCAACCUCGACCUCUCCUCCCGCCCCUUCAAGUACUCGACCGAGUUCGAGCCCGAGACCACCCACACCGCCGACGCCGUCAUCCUCGCCACCGGCGCCUCCGCCAAGCGCCUGAACCUCCCCGGCGAGGAGAAGUACUGGCAAAACGGCGUCUCCGCCUGCGCCGUCUGCGACGGCGCCGUCCCCAUCUUCCGGGGCAAGCACCUCGUCGUCAUUGGCGGCGGCGACUCGGCCGCCGAGGAGGCCCUCUACCUCACAAAGUACGGCUCCCACGUCACCGUCCUCGUCCGCCGCGACGUCCUCCGCGCCUCGCAGAUCAUGGCCAAGCGCCUCAAGGGCCACGAGAAGGUGACGAUCCGCUGGAACUCGGCCGGCAAGGAGAUCAAGGGCGGCGACGACGGCCUCAUGAGCCACCUCGUCGUCAAGGACACCGUCACGGGCGAAGAGGAGACGCUCGAGGCCAACGGUCUCUUCUACGCCAUCGGCCACGAGCCCGCGACCUCGCUCGUCAAGGGACAGCUCGAGACCGACGAGGAGGGCUACGUCGUCACCAAGCCUGGCACGCCGCUGACCAACAUCGAGGGUGUCUUCGCCGCCGGUGACGUCCAGGACAAGAGAUACAGACAGGCCAUCACCAGUGCCGGUACCGGCUGCAUGGCUGCCAUGGACGCCGAGAAGUACCUCGCCGAGCUCGAGGACGGCGACCCCAAGGACCCUUCCAACUGA